AUGGCGCAGGAGUUCAAGCUCAAGGACAUCACGUCCCUUCAAUUGAAGAACGGCGACAAGAAAGAGGUCGAGGUUGAGGGCGUCGAAGGCGGCAAGGUGUUGCUGCUAAAGGUACAGGACAAAGUCCACGCUACCUCACCAACCUGCACACAUUACGGCGCACCGCUUGUAAAGGGUGUGCUUACGCCAGAGGGCCGUUUGACCUGCCCAUGGCACGGCGCCUGCUUCAAUGUCGCUACAGGUGACGUCGAGGAAGCCCCGGCUCUGGACCCCAUCUCCAAAUACGAAGUCUUCGAACGGGAUGGAGCCGUGUAUGUCAAGACGGAUGAGGACACAUUGAAGGCGUCCAGAAGAAAACUGAACCUCAAGUGCUCGUCAGUGAGCGAUGAGAAGGUCCUCGUCAUUGGAGGCGGUUCCGGAACGCUCGGUGCUGUCGAAGGCCUACGUGGCGGAGGAUACAAGGGCAAGAUUACCGUCAUCUCGAAGGAGGGCCACCAGCCAAUCGACCGAACGAAGCUGUCCAAGGCUCUCCUCGCUGACCUGAACAAGGCUGCGUUUAGAUCGAAGGACUUCUACAAGGACGCAUCAAUCGACUUCGUUGAGGACGAGGCCAAGAGUGUCGACUUCUCUGGCAAGAAGGUCGAGACAAAGUCCGGCAAGUCGUACGAGUACUCGAAGCUGGUGCUGGCCACCGGUGGCACACCCAAUGUCUUGCCCCUGCCGGGUCUCAAGGGUGACUUAGGCAACACUUUUUUGCUGCGCACAUUGCCGGACGCGCAGAACAUCCUGAAGGCUGUCGGCGACAACGGCAAGAAGGUGGUUGUUAUUGGCAGCUCUUUCAUCGGCAUGGAGGUCGGCAACUGCCUCGCCGGCAUGAAGAACGACGUGACUGUUGUCGGUAUGGAGGAAGAGCCUAUGGAGCGUGUCAUGGGCAAGAAGGUUGGAAAGAUCUUCCGCGGCCUGCUCGAGAAGAACGGUGUCAAGUUCCAGAUGGGCGCCAGCGUCGAAAAGGCAACACCAUCCAAGAGUGACCCCUCCAAGGUCGGAACUGUGCAUCUCAAGGACGGCACCACGCUCGAGGCAGACCUCGUUAUCGAGGGCGUAGGCGUCAAGCCUGCAACAGAGUACCUCAAGGAGAACUCGAGCGUCCAGUUGGAGAAGGACGGAUCACUGAGGACAAACGAGGCUUUCGAGGUCCAGGGUCUGAAGGACGUGUUUGCCAUUGGCGACAUUGCGACCUACCCUUACCACGGACCCGGAGGCAACGGCAAGCCUGUACGCAUUGAGCACUGGAACGUUGCACAGAACGCUGGUCGCUCGGUGGCCAUGUCGAUCAACGAGCCCGGCUCCAAGCCCAAGGCGUUCAUACCUGUUUUCUGGUCAGCCCUCGGCUCGCAGCUGCGAUACUGCGGUAACACGGUCAACGGCUACGACGACGUUGUGCUGCAAGGAGACAUUGAGAAGCCAUCAUUCGUCGCAUACUACACGAGCGGAGAUGAGGUCGUCGCGGUGGCCUCGAUGAUGAAGGAUCCUUAUAUGACGCAGAGUGCGGAGUUGAUGCGGAGAGGGAAGAUGCCAGGCAAGAAGGCCCUUCAAGACGGCAAGGACAUUAUGGACAUCAGCCUCCCAAAUGAAAUCAAAAUGUGA